CCGGCGCUCUGCACGGUUCACCGCGGUGGGGACCGGACGGCCCGACCGGGGUGGACGGGGACAGGGAUAGGGAUUGGCCAUGGCUCCCGCCGCCGUGCAGCCGCCCGAGAUCCAGUUCGCUCAGCGGCUGGCAGCAAACGAGAAGCGCAUCCGGGACCGCGCCUUGAAGAAGCUGCGGGGCUACAUCAGCGUCCGGACCCAGCGCGCAGCCGGUGGUUUCAGUCAGGAAGAACUGCUGAAAAUAUGGAAAGGCCUGUUCUAUUGUAUGUGGAUGCAGGAUAAACCUCUGCUGCAGGAGGAACUUGCAAACAAUAUCUCACAGCUUAUCCACUCAAUUGAGAAUACAGAGACCCGACGCCUGUUCAUUCAGACCUUUUGGCAAACUAUGAACCGUGAAUGGAAUGGGAUAGACAGUCUGCGUCUUGAUAAGUACUAUAUGCUAAUGCGUAAGGUUUUGAGGCAGUCCUUUGAAGUGCUGAAAAGAAAUGAAUGGGAUGAAAGUCUAACUGAGCUAUUCCUGCAGCUACAAAUGAAAGAAGUUAUGGAUCCUGACAGCAGUGCUCCCAUUGGGAUAAAGUUACAUUUCAUUGAUAUCUAUCUGGAUGAAUUGGCUAAAGUUGGUGCAAAGGAGCUUACAGCAGACCAGAAUCUCAAGUUCAUUGAACCUUUCUGCAAAAUUGCUGCCAAAUCAAAGGAUCGAUGUGUGCUGCAUGCCAUAGCCACUGGUAUCUUUGAGAUCAUUGUGGAUCAGUCCCCCUAUGCCAUCGAGGACCUGAUGAAAGAACUGGAUAACAACAGUGAUGAGGAGGAUGUGUCUGAAGAAGACAAACAGGAAAAUGAAGAGGUGCUUAAAACCAAAGGCAGAUGUUUGUCAAGAAAAUCAGCACAGAGCUCUGAAAAAACAAAGGAUAUUAAUAAAAAUACAGGUGGUGGUAUUGGGACUGUUCUUCAGUUUGAUUACAGAGCUGUUGCUGACAAACUCUUUGAAUUGGCGAGCAAGAAAAAUACACCUUCCCUUAACAGAAAGCGUCUGUACAAGCUGGUCAAAAAGUUCCAGGACUUAGCAGAAGGAAUCUUCCCUCAAGAUUUUCCUGAAGAUGUUUCUACAGAUGAAGAUGAUGAUGAAUUCAGCAGGAGAAGGCGAAAGAAAAAAGCUGUCAAGCCUUGGAAGGAAAACAAGAUGGAAAAAGUAAAAGAGGAUGAACAAGAGAUAUCAAGUGUAAAGGAGGCACCAGUUCCCCAGAAGAAGAGGAAAAAAAGGAAGAAGAAGGACAGCCUAAGUGCUGAUUCUGGAACAGCUGAUGGAAAUUGUGAGGAGGGAGCAUCUGAAACAUCUGGAACUAAUGUUUGUAGCCAGGGAAAAGUGCCAGAAAAUAAUAAAGAAAGAAAGAAAAAGAAAUUGCUAGUAAAUGAGGCAAAUGAGACCACAAAUGUAGCAACUGACACCAGAGAAAAUCACAAUAUCUCUGUGCAAAACAGCCUGACUGACUCAGAACAGAGUAAAAAGAAUCAGUUGAAGAAAAUUAAUCCAAAAGUGCAAAAUGUUCCUGUAAAACCACCAUGUCAAAACGGACCAGCUAAUGCCAGUGAGACAGAGGAUGUCAGCCCAUCUGUCACACUGUUAAUUCCUAAGGUUGUGAAAAAGAAACAGAAAGGUGAGGCUGUCUUGGUGAAUAGGGAUACCCUUUUGCAACAAAACAACAUGAAAUCCAACAAGGAGGGCUUGCUGGGGACCCUCUCUGGAGAUGCAGACUCUGAAUUUGUAUCUGCCAGAAAGGUCAAAUUGAAGACAAAGACAAAGGUAGUUGGUUUGGAAGGGAUGAAAGUUUCCAGCCAGAAAGCAGCAACCUUGAAAAAGAAGAGAAGAGUAAAAGAGGUCCUAAACUCUGUGGAAGCCAAUGGAGUUCUGGAGACUGCGUGCAAGAAAAGCAGGCAAGGGGAAAGCAGUGUUGCUCUCUCAUCAUUAAAGAAAAAGAAAGCAAAACCAGGAAGUGAUUUUGUAAAAUUUGAAAAAACAACAUUGCCAAAGGCGGUAUUCCUCAGGAAAGCAAGAAUCGCCAUCUCUUCCACCGGGGCACCCAUACAGCUGAACAAGCUGCAGUCAUCCAGCUCCAAAAGAGUCACGUUUGGCUUGAAUAAGAAUAUGACUGCUGAAUUUAAAAAGACUGACAAAAGCAUAUUAGUGAGCCCAGAAGGACCCUCCCGUGUGGCUUUCAAUCCUGAACAGAAACCCCGUCAUGGGGUGCUGAAGUCACCUGCAGGCACUCCAGCAGGAGAGCCUCAUGUGAAGAAACCAUUGACUGUAUCGGCUAAGAAAAGACCAACUGCUAUGGACAUAUUUUAGACCAACAGAUGUGGCCUACUUUUGUACAGGGCAUUUUGCUAACCUAGAAUGUUCUCUGGAAGUAUUUUGAACUUCUUUAUUUUUUUAAGUUAAUACAGAUUGUAUAUACAAAAUUCUGAUUGUGACCUGGGUCAUUGCUAUUUUAAAAUCACUUCAGCUGUAUCUUGGAAUACGUGUUUUAUUUACAGAAAAGAAACAAAACCCAGUCUCUGGUCAGGUUUGGUCUACAAAAAAUGCGGUCUCUGCCCAUGUGAUUUCCAAGAGACUUGUUCAUUUAAUUAAGGAAUGUUCAGGGUUUUAUUGUUCCAGUGGCUGGGGUUUUUUUCAGCCAGUCUAAGAAAACUUGCGCUUCAUGCUAUUAAAUUGUCUUUCAUUGGAUGGGGUUGAAGAGGGAAAAAGACAAUGUAAUUUUACACAUACUCAUGUAUUUUAAAAUUUUUACCCACUGUUUUCCAUGUGUUGCCCUUGGCAUCCUGUUAAUUCUUCUGGAAGUAAUGAUUACCUCAAGUCUCUGUUUAAUAACAGUUGGAUUUGGGAGUUUUACAGGUAGUAAGCCAAGCUUUCCCUUCCCUAGGAUAAGAAAUGUCUCGCUGCUCAAGUGGUCACUGUUGUAAAUAAACCUUCACAGCUGGUUGCCUGCUGUGUAGGGAGCAGUCACCACAUUAUUUUCAGUAACACAAGUGCCAAAGCUGGCUUACACUUGACAUAUUGUAAGCUGGCUCCUUUUUACUGUAACCGAAGUAAGACUUUCACACAGGAGAAAUGUUUGUUAUUUCCAGGUCUUCCCACACCCCCACUGCUGUCUUUCCUGAAGGUCUGACAAGACUCCUAAUUUUCUACUUUAGCAGCUGUUGUUAUCACAUGUUACCAGAACUCAGAUCUCAUUCAGUGAAUGAACCUCUGAUUGUACUGAAGUCAGCUAGAUUGGUGCAGUGUGUCUUCUGUUCAGACACACAUCUCUAAAAGCUUUGGUGUCUCUCAGUACAGGGUAAAACUUUACAGCCUGGGCAGCUUGUUUUUGGUUUUGAUGUAGAUCCAGAAUAAUUCUUUCUGCAGCAUUUCCUUGUGUUAGUUUUUUAUUUGGAUAUUUUAUUACUACAGCAUAUGUUUUGUUUUUUCCUUGCUUCUUUGGUAAAGAAUGAGGUAUGUUUCUGUGAGAGACCAUUAAUGUAUUCUGAGGGGGAACUGUGAGGAUGGAGGGAGCAAAUGCAACUAAAAACAUUUUUGAUACUACUGGAAAAUUUGAAAUCUUUAUUUGGAAGUUUUGCUUAUGUGAAUGAGGCAGAGGCUUUGCCGCAGGUAUUGGCGUUACACCUCAGCUUCAAAGCACAACCUGGUGCCAGAGAAAAGCUAUUCAUGAAGCUUCCCAUCAGAUAUUUCUGUGACCCUGUAAGAGACAGGGUAGGCCUGCUUCAUUAUCAUAUCUUCCAAUAACUGGUGAACAUACAGCUGCUUCAGCCAGCAAAAAUAAAUUUUGUGACAUAAUAUAUAUGCAUAUUUUAGCACUACUUCUUACCAGUCCUUGAUGCUCCUUUAAUACUCCUCAUAAACAACUGGAUUAAAACUGCUCUUUUAAAACUUCUAGCUCAUCUAGAAUUUCUUGAAAACACCCAUGUACUUGCAAAUUGCAGGUUGGUCUCAGUUGCUCAAUUGUAAUCUCUGCCAGUUCUUGCACUACUUUUGCAAUGGUUCAUUUUCCACCAGAAAGUCAUUUUGCUCUUGUCUUUUCUCAUUUAAAGUGAAGGACUGAAUUUCAUUUGGUUUUGUUUUAGCUUGUAUUGGUUUGAUUGAUCAGUAAAGAACUCUGGAGAAUACAUCUGAUAAAAUUAAUAAUACUUGCUAUUUGAGCAAUUAUUGGUUUUUAUGUUUUUAAAAUAUUUCAUUGUAUAUUAGCAUAAUGGAUUUCUUUGACAAGACAAUGAUAAGUAGGAUUCAACAGACUGUUCAAUAUGUUGUAAUGUUCAUCUUGUACUGUGAGUGAGAAGUGUCUUGUGGAAUAUGCGUAAAAGCAUUUGUAUGUGCAUGGUUGUUAAUGCCAUAGGUUGAAGAUGCCACGUUAUUCCAGGGGUACAGUUGCAAUCAGAAGGUGGAUCUGGGGUGUGCAUUAAAAUCCAGGAUCAGGACACACUGGGGUUUGGUUUUGUUUUUAAUACAUAUAACGUAUUAUGAAAAUGUAUUUAAAUGGUUGUCUGGAUCUUUUUCUAUUGCUUGUGGAUCCAUUGAACCUGUUGUUUGUCCAAUUAUUUUGUUGCCCACAGUGCUAAAUGGAGAGGGCAAAAAUGGCAGUCAGGUUUUUAUCUGAGAUUUUUGUGAUGUGAUUGCUUCUUGGGAUUCAUUCAUAAGCCAUCUGGGCCAUGAAACUGGUGGGAUCUUUUGUAAUUAUACAUAUGUAGUAUGUAUUGUCUUCAGUGGUGUCUGGAAUUUCAUUCAGGACAACUUUACAAACAAAACCCAAGCAUUGUCAAUGCAUUUUAAUAGUUGUUGGGUUAAUCAGUUAUUGGGUUAAAUAUAAUACAUUACCCAAAAUACUUGGUAAUGACAAUUCCAAUAAACAUUGAAGACAAAAACUCAAAAAAAGGAGAAUGUAACAUCUGGGAUAUUCACUGCACAGACACGAUAGUACUGUAAAGACAGAAUGUAUCCGAUAGGAAACAAGAAAAGAAAAACUGAUCUGACCUGUUUGAUGUCACUUCAUAGGUUUUUUCAUAGUGUUGUUCCAACUCUAGAGCUGCCAGUCAUGGUCUGAGUCAAAGUCAGUGUGACAUACCUUUUAAAAAACAGUACUUUGUAAUGAUUGUCUCUACAUUUUUGUCAUGAAUCUGAUCAACUUUAUACUUACCAGUCUCUAAUAGUUUAUAAUCCUUUACAGCUUCAAGAGACCACAAAAGCACAAAAUGAAUACAGCAAGGCAAAAAGUUGACAUUAUAUUUAAAGUAUUGGGUAUGCAGGAUCUUUAUAGUCUAUCAAAGCUGUGUCACUUGGAAAGCAACAAAUACCCUUUUUGUCAUUUAUUUCCUGUGCUUAGACUUACAGGCAGAAAAAAAAUUUCCGUGUGUCAUUUUAUGUACCUCUGCGACGGAGUUCUUACUACGAACAGAGUGUAAUGCUGUGAAGCAUUACACCAUUUAGUCUAGUCCAAUAAACCAUCUCUUUGUGGA